CAGAGCGGAGCGCGCUCGGCUGCGCCGCAAGCCUUCGGCCGCACGGAAGAGCGAGCGGGAGAGCGAUCGAGGGGCGCCAUCGAGGCAGCGAGGCGAAGGGGGCGCGGAGUAGAUCGGGUCGAGCUCCGGCCCUCGCCUCCCGGCCCGGCAGACAACGUUCACUUUAAUUGAGAUGGAUGCAGUCUAAUCUCCACUGAGUCAAAGCAUGGCCACUAGCCCUGUGCUGCCCACGGAAGAUGGACAGGGUUUCUUGGGCAUUGAUGAUCUACACUUUUCACUGCAAGCUGAGCAGGAGGACACUCAGAAGAAAACCUUCACCUGCUGGAUAAACUCACAGUUGGCAAAGCACACAGCUCCCUCAGUUGUAUCUGACUUAUUCGCAGACAUUAAGAAGGGGCAUGUCCUCCUGGACUUGUUGGAAGUCCUCUCCGGACAGCAGUUGCCUCGGGAUAAAGGAUCUAAUACAUUCCAGUGCAGAAUCAACAUAGAACAUGCCCUGACAUUCCUGAAAAACAGAUCUAUCAAGCUAAUAAAUAUCCAUGUUGCUGACAUUGUAGAAGGAAACCCGUCCAUUAUCCUUGGCCUGAUCUGGACCAUCAUCCUGCACUUUCAUAUUGAGAAGCUUGCUCAGACUCUGUCUUGCGAUUACAAUCAACCUUCACCGGAGGUUGUGAGCGUGGUUGCCUCAUCUCCUACCUCAAGUCCUCCCACUAAGAAGUGCUCCAAGGCUCAAGCUCAGGCAAGAUGGCAGUGGUCUGCUAAGAAGGCUCUUCUGCAGUGGGCUCAGGAGCAGUGUGCCGGGUCUGAGUCUGUCAAUGUGACAGAUUUUAAGGCAAGCUGGAGAAAUGGGAUGGCUUUUUUGGCUGUCAUUCAUGCCUUGCGACCAGACCUGAUUGACAUGGACAGCAUGAGGCACAGAUCCAACAAAGACAAUCUGAAAGAGGCCUUCAGGAUCGCAGAACAUGAGCUGAAGAUCCCCAAAUUGCUGGAACCAGAAGAUGUAGAUGUCGUGAAUCCUGAUGAGAAGUCCAUCAUGACUUACGUGGCGCAGUUCCUGAAGUAUUCGAAGGAUGCGCCUGGCCCUGGGGGUUCCACACAGGCCAAGGUGAGGGAUGCUAUGGUCUGGCUAACUCUGCAAGAGAAGAGAUUCCAGAAGAUGCUGAAGGACUCAGCAAGUGAGACCUACUCUAACAAGUAUCAUAGUCUGCUGUCAUUUAUGGAGUCACUGAAUGAAGAAAAGGAAUCCUUCGUUGAUGUCCUGUCACUGAAAGGGAGGAUGGGAGAGCUGAAUGAAGAUGAAUCACGGCUGCAACAAGGCUGGGCCAGCCUCAUGCACCAGGUCGCUGAGUGGAGAGCCCAACUGGAUGACGCCUUGCCUUCACCGCUCAAAGAGACCGAAGCAUGGCUGAAGGACAUAGAGGGUGUUGUGCAAGAAGGGGUGCCGACCUCCCAGAGUUACUCUGAAGCCAGGACUCUGAUCCAAGGGAAACUAUCUUCAUUCAAGAGUCUGAUGGGCAGCUUUGACUAUCAUUCGGAUGUUCUCAUGGCCUUUCAAACCAAUGCCGAGAAGAGCCUGCCAGCUGUGCCUCCUGCUAAACUGGAGGAGAUGACAAGACGGUUUGUGACAGUGCCAGUCCACAAGCUCUGUGAAUGAAAUGAGCGAUUCCCGCUCAUGUUUAGCAAUAGCGUUGCUUGCAUGCCACAAGCAUAGAGACUUUGAGAUAACAUCUGACAUAUUUGUCUGCAUCUCGAUAACCACACCUUCAUGGUUUGCAAUAGCAGCAUAAAUGCUCACAUCCUGUGUCACUGAGCAGUAGACUCCUGUGAUGGGGCUUUGCCUUUCUGAGUGCACUCCUUUUUCAUGUUUGUAAAUCUGGGCUCCUCACAAAGAUAACAGAUUAAGGCAGGGAGUAAGGGUAGAGAGAUACUUCAUCAGUUAUGAACCCUGGCUAUGCAAAUCAUGAGGACAGAGUUUAGACUCAGCACCCGUGUAAGCACCCUGGGGUCCCAUAGAUAACUAAAACUUCAGCUCAGGGAGAUCUAAGGCUUUUUCCUGGCCUCUGUGUGCAUAAGCAUCUAUAGUCACACACUCGUGUGCAUACAUAAUCAUGAAAACACACAUAGACAUAAAUAAAUCAAAUCA